AUGCACCUGCAUUGUUCGCAAAAGUCGACAGAACGGAACGGUGAUUAUUUGCAAUUCAAUAUAUAUCCGAUACUGUUAGCUUUUCUCCAAUUAACAAUGACUGAUUUAAAUCCUACUCGACACUGGUGGUCAUGGCGAAGUUGCUUUGCGGCAGUCAAAUACACGAAGAAAAAGUCAAGAAAAACGAUAAAUUAUCAAUCAAAUCAACAUAUAUCUCAUGCUAGUACCUUUUCAAAUGGUCACACAGAUACGAAACGGUUGCUACCGGCUACAAGUAAUGCCAAGAUUCUAUCGGAAUUCGGCUUGCAAACGUCCAAUGCCGUCUCCAAUGAUGAUAACCUUAAAGCUAAAAACGAGAAAACGUCCUAUCAGAGCGCCCAGAUGCAACAGCUAGUUGAUAGUCUGAACAUGAAAAUGUUCAGUUUAAAGUCUUCGUCAACAGUUAAACCCACACCACUCGAUGCGAUUGUUGAAGAUUCCAGUGAAGAAAAUCUCGAUGAAAUUGAUGAAUUCGAACAGUCCGAUAGUCUAUGUAAUGAUCGCGAUUUAGUUAAUGAUGCCACUGUACUUCAUACUCGUUUAUUCGAUUUAAGCAAAAUGAGUCACAUUAUAACGCAGUUCGACGAUAAUGGUUAUUUCCUCGGUGAAUUCACACACCAAUUACACAAAUUCAAAUUAAAAAUUGAUGCUAUCAGACUUGUGAAUGCGAGAACACCACGUGAUCCUGAACUACUCGAAGCGAAAUAUUCGACGUUAUUAGCUACUAUUGAAUGUCUUUCAGUAUUAUUAAAAGUCGCUCAGAUCUCGUCAUCUCGUUCUCUGAUUAAUCGUCUUAUGUUUUCUCUUGAAGAACGCAUAGAACAAUUGAAUAAACUUGUUCAACUGUCAUUGUCAAUCAAUAUAUAUCCAAAGCAGCAAGAUCUAAUUGAUGAUGAUUUGCCAUCGUUCCGUAGUGCACUUUCAUCAUAUGAACAACUCACAACACUCUCUUGA